CUUCCCCACCACACAACUUGCAUGACUGACACUAGAUAUAUCUGUCGCCCCGGGCAGCUACAUGACUCCCCCACUCAUGCCGGCGGGCUUUUGAUUUCGACCUGCCAUGGGCAUUGAUGCAUUCAUGAGUGCCCAUCAUGCCCUUGAUGCCCUCACGCCAGAUUUAUCUCCCCACGGAAAUUGUGGUGGAGAUUAUCUCUUACGCCGCCGCAGAUGAUGGCCAUCGCCAGUCCACUCUCUAUGCCUGUUGCCUUGUCUCUCGCCAAUGGUACUCAGUAGCCAUCCCAUAUCUCUAUGAGAAGCCGCGCGUGAGCGCCGGGACCGCUUUCAAGAGUUUUACCGACACAAUCUGCCCGACGAUCGGCGCACGAAAGAACAAGAUACAUCUGGGCAGUCUAGUCCACAAAUUGGACCUCAGUGGGCUCGUCUAUCAUAGUUCAAACAGUUUGACAGCACGACUGCUGGGAAGGGUGAAAGAGAAUUUAGAAGUCUUUCUGGCCCCAAGGAUCUCAUUUGCCAUCAACAGCCUUCCGGCUCUCUCCAAAUGUACAAACAUCAGACACCUCGACUUAUCGCUAGUCGGCGAUCCAAUCCCUUUUCCCAACCUCAAGAAAGCGAUCAGCAACCUCCGCAAAUUAACCACCCUUCGUCUUCCGCGCUCAACCUCCAUCACCACCUACGACGACUCUGCAGCCACAAUAGAAUGGCCUCCUAACCUCCAGCGCCUACAAUUCAGCGGCCACUACCGUUCCAUACCCAUGUCCUCCUUUCCUUGGCCUCGCACCUUGACUACCCUCACUCUAAAGAACUGCGCCGAUCUCUCCAUGUCCAGCCUUGGCAGCCUAAUGAGCAACCCCCAACUAGCCACCCUUAAACGCUUCAUCGUCUCCGGCUCCAACCGUAACCUGCAACCAGAAUCCAUCAAUGCCAUCCCAGUUUUCCUCCCUGAAUUAUCCUCUCUCAGUAUCCCUGGCGAUCUAGUCAAUGAUUCCUUCUUCGAUAUCCUCAGCCACAUGCACCCCCCACUACCUCUCGAGGAUAUCGAGUUUGGAUUCCCAAGUCUAGACGCCAACGUGACCUUCAGCACGAGCUCGUUAAUCACAGCGAUGGAAUACGGCCUAGCAAACCUCCGAUCGGUGGGUUUCUCGGAGCUCUUCUGCACCAACCAGCGAAUUCUGGAAGACACGGAGAUCGAUGACUUCAUUCAUAGCCGGUUCUCGAAGAAGGAGCGGAGAAAUUCCAAAUCGUCUUUCAAGAAUGGAGUAGAGAAGAGCGAUUAUGUGGAUGAUGAUACGAUUGGCGUUUAUUACAUAUGAUUGGCUUUUUAUAUACCUUUUGUUUACAUUGCGUCUGAUAUAUUUCGGCUAGAGUUGGUUCAUAUAUUUUGUUAGGUAAAGUUACUGAAUUAUGAUAUCGAGAUAGAGGAUCAUUUGAAUACUACUACUGGA